CGGCGUUGCCUCAGACCGAGCGAAGCCGACCACAAGCAACCUUUGACAGGGCGAGCUCGGAGCAUCACCCGCACGGCUCGCGGUGGUCUUCUCGGCUCUCCAACUUCAACCCCUAAACUGGAUUAAAACGCGCAUAAAACAAAAAACAAACCCGCUGCGAUGCCUGCGAGUAAAAACGUACAAGGAGGGAAAGCCUUCGGACUGUUAAAGGAGCAACAGAGACAGAAACUGGAGGAGGUGAACCAGGAAUUCCUGGAGGACCAGAAAUACAGGGAUGAAGAUGACCUCGCGGAAAAGCUGGAGGGUUUCAAAAAUAAAUAUGCUGAAUUUGACUUGAAUGACCAAGGCGAGAUCGAUCUGAUGGGCCUCAAGCGGAUGAUGGAGAAGCUGGGCGUUCCCAAGACCCACUUGGAGCUGAAGAAGAUGAUCAUGGAGGUGACGGGCGGCACCAGCAGCAACACCAUCGACUACAGGGACUUCGUCAAGAUGAUGUUGGGCAAACGCUCGGCCGUGCUCAAACUAGUCUUGAUUUUCGAAGACAAAGCCAACGGGGCGGCGCCCUGCAAGCCGGACGGCCCGCCUCCCAAGCGGGACAUCGCCAGCCUGCCUUAAGCUCCUCCCCCAACCCCCAUUUCCUGCCUUCAAAGGCUGCUUUCUCAUUUGUAUUUUAUUAUUAUUAUUUUUUUUUACCCCUGGUGCGCCACUGACGGACGAGACGGAGAAUAUUUUUGUGACGCGUGUCCGUUUUGUUUUGCGUCAGGUGGAGCUCGUCGCUUAAACGAUGUUUGACUGUGAAUAUUAUUCUUACGGUAAGAUGUAGCAUCCGUAGUGUACGUGUAAUCUCCUUUUUUUGGGGGGGGGCGGGGGGGGGUAGUGGUUUGUUGUGUUUUAAGGGAAGAUGCUUUUAUUUUUAGAUGAGCACAAGCAGCUUUCUUCAUCCCAUUUCCGCCCAUGGGCGACCUCAGUCUGCUUUUGAGAGAUUACGGGCCUCCGGGCGCCCCGCUUCCAGCGGAGCUGGACCCACUGGUGUAAAAUCAGUAACUAGUCCGCCAAGCUUUGGACUUUGACUCGCGCUUGUGCGCACGCGCAGAAGAGCCGCGAUUUUUACGGGCACAAAUGUUAACACUCCGCAACGACGGUACAAUCAUGUCCUUUCCAAGUGCCUGAGUGCGGGAAACACAGGGAGUGCGCGCAAAUGCGCGGUCCGAGCAGUAUAUACAAAUCCAUCAAAUUUGUGGUUUUUUUUAUGUUGGGUUUUAUGUCGUACAACAUUGUUUGCGUGAUCACAAGUGAUUGAUCUCCUUCAAAUAUUACCCACUUUUUUUUUUUUUUACAGUAACUGUCAUUGUAAAAGUUGUUUUACUGAACAGUUGCAAGUUUCACACAAAGUCAACCUCAAAGGUUUGGUCCAAAUUCAAACCAAUUUUAAUGACAAACUUCGCAAAUUAUGCGAGGAUUACUGAUCGUUUGGUUGGGAUUUCGAUCGCUGACAUUUAACAGGUGACCUUAAUUUGAUCUUUUUGUAAACUUUCGAAUCACAUGUUCGGUGUUUCAAGACGUUUUGCACAACUUGCUAUUUAUUCUCCAGCAAGGAGGUAAACUGCAAUAUGUAUUUUAGCCAUGAAGAUUUACACGGAGGUGGCACGGUGGUCAGCUGGAAAAGCGUUGGCCUCACAGUUUUGAGGUCCUGGGUUCAAUCCUGGCCCCGCCUGUGUGGAGUUUGCAUGUUCUCCCCGUGCCUGUGUGGGUUUUCUCUGGGAACUCCGGUUUCCUCGCACAUCCCAAAAACAUGCAACAUUAAUUGGACACUCUUAUAAUUGCCCCUAUAUAUAUGUAUAUAUAUAUAUAUUUUAGUGGGGGGGGGCUAAAACGGCCACUUACAUUAUGGUAACGUCUAGAAUAUUUUCUGGAAAUGAUUUAAAGUGAGGUACACUGAUAUAACAUACUUUUUUCCCCCCAAUUUUACAAGCGUUAAGAACCUUUGACACCCAGUUUCUGUUGGAUUUGUGCUGUGACUUGUGCCUCUCGCAACACUUUUGACUUUGACCUCCACUCGCACUGUUUCUCACUGUGAACGUGUCAUCCUAUGUUAAGGCCCAUUCCAUUCGGUUUUGUUUUGAGAUGCUGUUUUGUUUACUGCGUGCUAGCUAUUUUAUUUUUGAAAUGCACAUUGUUUUUUCUUUAGUUUUUGUUUUGUUUGGCAGACACCAAAGCAAUUAAAACAUUUUUUUCUGACACUA